CCUCAUAAUCUGGGUUCUUUCAAUACCGGAGUCGUUGCUGCGUAGUCUCUCAACACCACAUUUCAACAUUCACGAUGGCAACGGAGAAGGUGGAAACUGUCCCCGAGACUGCCCCACCAGCCCCUGCUGCAGAGAAAGCUAAAAAGGGUGCCAUAAGCAAAGCAAACCCGGUGGCUGCGGGUGCCGUAUCUGCUGCCAAGAAGAAAAAGAAGAAGAACAAGGGCAAGAAGGGACAACCAGGCAAAUAUAGUCAAUUGGUUAUCGAUGCUAUCCGUACACUCGGUGAGAAAAAUGGCUCAUCCCUAUUCAAGAUCUUCAAGGAAGCCAAGAAAGUCAGUUGGUUCGACCAGCAAAAUGGGAGGAUGUACCUGAGGUAUUCCAUUCGGGCAUUGCUGCUGAAUGAUACUCUUAUCCAGGUGAAGGGAUCUGGUGCUAACGGCUCAUUCAAGCUCAACAAAAAGAAAUUUGAAAAAGCAGCUGCCAAGAAGAAGAGUCCGUCUAAACCAGCCAAAGCGACAAAACCAACCAAGGCAGCAAAGCCUGCAAAGCCUGCAAAGAAGCCAAUCAGCAAAACAGCGACCAAGGCGGCCAGCGCUAAAGUGAGCAAGAAGAAAGUCGCCAAAAAAACAGCGGCCAGCAAGAAGCCCGCAGCGGUCAAGACUGCACCCAAGGCGAAGAAGACAGCGGCGAAGAAGACGCCGGUGAAGAAGACGGCGGUGAAGAAGACAAUGAGUGCAAAGAAGACCAGGAAGACAAAGAAGUAAACCGGCAAAAGCUGAAUGUUGCUGACGAAAAAACGAACUGAUACAAAUAGGUCUAAAUUGGUUUAUUAUUUUUUAUAUUUUUGUAUAAAACACGUUGUUCAUUUCGUGGUGUUGUGUAGGAUAGGUUAUAAUGGCGUGGGUGUAAGCUAAGGUAGGCUGUCUGUGCUUAUUCUCGUUUUGACUGUCUUUUGUCUGUUGCCCAACAGAGGAAGGUUGCCGGAAUUGAGAUCCGUUUUACCUAUACUAUUAACAGAAUUAUUGACCAUGACCUCGUUCUCUUAGACUUCUUAAAAAGGAGUUUCUGUUUAUUUCGGACCAGUGUAACUAGCCCUGCAGUUUGCAUUCCUUUGUAUUGGUUCCGUUGAAGUGGGCGUGGCACGUCAAGUGUUAAGCAAUUCGUAGCCUACAUUUUUAUAGACCUUUUAUUUUUUACAGUUUGUCUUCAAUUAUAAACAAAGAACAUUUUGUUGAGUAAUUGUAUAUGUGAAUGCAUAAGCCUAGUCUGAAACAAAUACCAUCGCCAUGUCUUGUAAAUAAAGUCUUGUCAACUGCCAAA